UCACUCAUUAGGAACAAUAUGUUCCAGCGACGGUCUGGGUUAGCAGAGAGCUAUCCUGCACUGCAUAUACCAGUCGCCUCAGUGGGAGGCUUACUGCUUAUCUUCUGGUGCUCAGUGACAGGUCUGCAGGAUGAUGCUGGGAAAGGUAACACGCACCUUGGUGCAGUCACCAGGCAGGCUGGGUGCAGUGAGGUACAAGGCUUCUCUGGGGAUCGCUAGAGAAGUUGGUCCUGAAAGCAGACUGAAGACCAUUGAUGACUUAGCUGGUCCUAGCCAGCUGGAGUCACUAUACUGGGUGUUCCUGAGAGGAUACUUGUUUCACAUUCAGGAGCUGCAGGCAAGACAAAAAAAGAAGUAUGGACCUAUAUGGAAAGCUACUAUUGGGCAUUAUCAGAUGGUUAAUAUAGCCUGCCCUGAGAUCCUAGAAACCCUAUUAAAACAAGAAGGGAAAUACCCAAUGAGGGCUGACAUGCUUCUGUGGAAGGAACAUCGGGAUCUCAGGGGACAUUCUUAUGGACCAUUGACUGAACAGGGUCAUCGCUGGCAAAAGCUGCGCUCUGUACUUAACUCCAAGAUGCUGAAACCCACAGAUGCAGUGUGCUAUACGGAUUCUCUAAACCAGGUUAUCCCUGAUCUACUGAACAGAAUCCGAGAGAUGAGAACAGAGAGUCCAUCGGGUUUUGUGGUUCAAAAUGUUGCCAGCACGAUGCACAAAUUUGCCUUCGAAAGCAUCUGCACUAUCCUGUUUGAAACUAGACUGGGAUGUCUGGACCGUCAGAUUCCAGAGGGGACACACAAAUUCAUCAAAGCCCUCAUCGUAAUGUUGGAGAAUGAAAUUGUGGUUGAAAAGCUUCCUAAGUGGUCUGCCACUUGGCUACCAUUCCGGGGACGGUUUAUAGAGUCCUUUGAUACAAUCUUUACCUAUGGGAUAAAGUUAAUUGAUAUGAAAUUGGAGGACAUUGAAGGACGUUUGCAGAGAGGAGAUGACCAGGGUGGCGCAUAUCUCACAUACCUGCUCACCAGUGGGAAUCUGGACUUGAAGGAUGUGUAUGGGGUUAUGCCAGAGCUCCUCCUAGCAGGGGUGGACACGACAUCGAAUACAUUAACGUGGGCUCUAUACCUACUGGCAAAACAUCCUGAGAUUCAACUCUCACUGUACGAAGAGGUGGUGAAGGUUAUUCCUGGCAAAAAAGUUCCCUCUUCUGAAGAUCUAUCUAAGAUGCCGCUGCUUAAGGCAGUGAUCAAGGAAACCCUGCGUUUGUACCCUGUGGUUCCAAUAAAUGCCAGGGUAAUAGUGGACAAGGAAGUGGUCCUUGGAGGCUACACUUUCCCAAAAAAUACACUAUUCGUCUUAUGUCACUAUGUGAUGUCCCGAGAUGAGACUAAUUUCCCUGAACCGGACAGGUUUCUUCCCCAGCGGUGGCUACGGAGUUUGGGGAUAAAACAUCACCCCUUUAGCUCUAUACCCUUUGGGUUUGGGGUCAGGGGAUGUUUGGGGCGCCGGGUGGCUGAACUGGAGAUGCAUUUAUCACUGUCACAGCUAAUAAAAGCAUUCCAGGUGAUUCCUGACCCUGAGAUGGGAGAAGUUGGCACUAAAAAUCGCACUAUCCUUGUUUCAGAUAAACCGAUAAACCUGCAGUUUAUUGAUCGUCAAUAAUUAAGUGCAAAAAUGUUGUGAAAUAUUUAUGAAAUUAAAUUGUCAGUUACCGCUGAAACUAUGAAGAAUAAGAGUACACAAUACAUUAACUGGAUUUCAUCAAGCUCCCAUUCACUAGGCUAGCUGACACAAGGAGGGAGGUGAUCCCAUUCACUAGGCUAGCUGACACAAGGAGGGAGGUGAUCCCAUUCACUAGGCUAGCUGACACAAGGAGGGAGGUGAUGUUUUAGUCUGCAGGAGUCCUCCCCAUUCACAGAAAACAAACCUUCCUUUUUAGGGACAUAUGCUUUUGCACUGGAACUGUCAGGUAAAUGACUAGGAAGAAAAGAGGAGAACACUUGCGAGAUGACCGAGCCAUAAGAAUCGUCAUUACCAUAAAGACCUGCAGCGUGAUGGAGUGUAGAGCUGUAGGGCAGGGGUGGAAAACCUACGGCCCUGCAGCUGUUGUUGAACUACACAUCCCAGCAUACCCUGCAACAGUUUUAGCAUGGCCAAAUAGCAAAACUGUAGCAGGGCAUGUUGGUAUGUGUAGUUUAACAACAGCGUAGUUAACAACAGCUGGAAGGCUCCCCACUCCUGCUGUAGGGUAAAGAAUGCUUUCUACCCUCCAAACCUGCAAUAGAAGGAAUGUAAUAGGGUGAAGUUAAAAAAAUAAAUAAAAUAAAUAAAAAAAUCCGACGACAUCACAGUUUGAGAGAGAUUCUGUUGGAUAUAUGAAUUUCACGACCGCACAUACAGAAAUGACAAUAUGGCAUCUGGGUAACAUCUACAGUAGGAGGACACCAUACUUGCAGACAGGAACAAGUAUAGCAGAUCUCACUUAGCCAGACUCUGCUUAUAAUCAAUCAUACUGUCCGGGGUGUGCAAACACCAUGAAAUGUAUAAAAACUCUAUACCUCAGGUAUAUAUGUUGAUUGCUAGUGGUGUACUGUGAAAAUGUAUUGCUAUGCUGAAUGCUGUAUGUAUAAUUAGUGCCGCAGUAAGAAAACCAAAGCAUUCCAUCUCUCGUAAUAUUAAAGUCUUAUAAAUCACUGUAGUACAGUAUAUGCUAAUUGUUCUUGAUCGUUUGGAGUGGGUGGAGGGGUUUUAUUGGUUGCUAUGGGUCAUAUUUUACUUUAAAUUGUACAUGUUUUCCUUACAUAAAACAUUUUUACUGUUUUUGAAAUGUUAAAUAAAAACAAUAGAGGUUU